AUCCCUAAAAAACCCUAGAGUCAGGAGCCAAUAUAUUUUGCUAGACUCUGCUCAAAGCAUUUGUAACUUCACGAUCUUAUAUCUUCGAUACGCAGAGGCGGCUAAGUGAAUUGGUGCGAAGAUGAGUCGUGGGGCAGCAGCUGGACCCAAGUGGAAGAAGAAGGGAGCGUCCUUUACCAUCGACUGUACUAAGCCGGUUGAAGAUAAGAUCAUGGACAUUGCUUCACUGGAAAAGUUCCUUCAGGAAAGGAUCAAGGUCGGUGGCAAAGCCGGUGCUCUUGGCGACUCCGUCACUAUCGGCCGCAACAACUUCAAGAUCAACGUCUCCUCUGACUCCAACUUCUCCAAGCGGUAUCUGAAGUAUUUGACCAAGAAGUACUUGAAGAAGCACAAUGUUCGGGAUUGGCUUCGGGUGAUUGCUUCUAACAAGGACCGUAAUGUUUAUGAACUCCGCUACUUCAACAUAGCUGAGAAUGAGGGUGAGGAGGAAGAAUAAAUAUCAGUUUUGUCAUUUCUCCAGUUACGUCUCUGGUUUAUUAGUUGUGAGGAACCUCAUUUAUCUAUUUCAGGUGUCAAAUAUUUGAACUUUUUGGGUUGUUUUUUGACCCUUACUCUAUUUUCAAUGAAGUUUUGGUUGCUGAUAGUUAAAUUUUAUGUUAGUCUGUCAGAUGCAAUUAAAAGGAUGCAUAUAUAUUUCUUGAAUUUAUUAUAAGAGCUUUUAAUUGAUCUUC